AUGACGACCAUCGGAAAGAUCACCGAGCUCGGGGACUCGCUCAUCAACGCCGCGCUGGACCGCCUCGAGGACGAGCUCGAGUCCAGGCUCGACGCGACCGGCUUCGCGGGGACCAACCCCUCCUCGAUCGGCGACGUCGCGCUGUCGUCCGACGCGAUCGCGAGCGCGAAGGCGUGCGCGAAGUGGUGGACCGAGCUCGCGCUCGCGGAGAAGCGCGAGGACUGGACGUCCGCGGCGAUGGAGAUGGCAUCGGCGAAGGAGGACGGCGAGGCGCGCGCGAAGGCGCUCGGCGUCGUCGCGAAGGCGGCGAAGAAGGACGCGUCGGAUCCCUCCGCGGCGAGCCAGAGGGCGCUGAUCAAGGCGAUGGGCGACGAGGUGAACGCGACGAGGACGCGAUGCGAAUUCGCGGAGACGGCGUUCAUGUCGACGCUGAACGAUCUGGACGACGCGCCGGACCCGGCCGAGUCGCUGACGAAAUCGCUCGCGGCCGCCGAGGCGCUCGGCGCGCUCGCGAGCGAGGCGGCGACGCUGCGGAGGGAGCUCGACGCGGCGAAUCGAAGCCUCGCGUCCGCCGCCGCCGACGCCGCCGUCGCCGCGAGAGAGAGAGCCGAGCUCGAGGCGCUGCGCGAGUCGCGAGAGAGAGAGGUGGACGCCGCGGUCGCGACGCGCGUCGCGGACGCGGAGAAGACGGUCGCGGAGCUCGAGGUCAAGCUCGAGGCGGCGGCGGUCGCGAGAGAGAAAGCCGAGGCGGCGCUCAGGCGCGUUCUACCAUCUCACACUGGUUCCCGUACGACCGCGUCGGCGCGGGAGACGGCGCGUCGUCACGACGACGCGCAGGGCCGGCUGUUCGAGCUCGAAGAGGCGAGAGAGCGCGGGCGCGACGUCGACGAGCGCGAGGACGCGUCUCUCGUCGAGGAGGUGGAGCGCAUGCGACAGGAGACCGCGCGGUUGAGGCAGGAGCUGAACGCGCGAGGGGCGCGAGGAAGCGACGGCGCGAGCCCGGCGUGGGCGGCGGCGGCGGGGAUGGGCGCCGGCGCAGGCUCCGGCUCCGGCGACGCCGGCGGCGACGGCGCGUCCGUCGCGGCGCUGAAAGAGAAGCUCGUGGUGUCGAACCGCGUCGCGGAUCAGCUCAAGACCGCGAUCGAGGAGACGGAACGCGCGCUCGAGCUCGCGAACGCGCGCGCGGUGGAUCAGGCGGUGGACGCGGCGAGAGAGCUCGCGAACGCGAACGCGACGAUCGCGGACCUGGAGCGGCGGCUGCGCGAGGCGCCGAGUCGCGCGUCGGUCGCGGCGUCGGAGGCGAAGAUCGCGACGCUGCGCGCGCUCGUGGACGCGGAGGACGCGGCGGACGACGACGUCGAGCAGCUGACGCCGUUGCUCGCGGUGCAGCGGCGGAAUCGGCGGCUGAGCGACGAGCUCGCGGCGUCUCGGCGCGAGACGUCGGCAGCGAAGAGGGAACUGAGAGACGCGACGCGACGCGCGGCGGACGCGACGGCGGAGCUUCGACGACGCGAGCAGACGAUCGACGAGCUCGAGCAGCACCUCGUCCGCGUCGGCGGCGGCGGCGAAGGGGCUGAUGGUGAUAAAACGGCUAAACACGGCGCGGUACUCGACCCGGACUUGCUCCCGGUGGUGGCGGGACAGAGGGACCGGCUCAAACGCCGCGUCGAAGACCUGGAGCUUCAGACCGGGGCGUUAGAGGCCGACCUCGAGGCCUCGCGCGCGUCGGAAGCCAAGCUGAAGAGCGACAACGUGUCGCUGUUCGAAAAAGUGCGGUACUUGCAGUCGUACUACGCGGAGAAAGGCGCCGGCGCGAACGGCGGCGGCAGAGGCGGGCAGACCAUCGUUCGCGUCGACGCCGCCGGCGUGCCCGCGCGGGGCGGCGUCCUGGGUGAGUUGAUGCAGCGACGCGCCGCGCGCUACGGCUGCAUCCCCGGCGGCGGCGUCGGCGGCGGCGCGCGCGGCGGCGGCGUCGGACUCGACGCGCUCCCCGGCGGCGACGACGGCGGCGUCGUCGCGCGUUACGAUGAGGCGUACCGGCUGUCUAUAAAUCCGUACGAGAAAUUCCGCGCGAGCGAGGAGAGCGCGGGGUUGGGUCCGGGCGGGAGAGUGGCGCGGAGCGUGCUUCGGACGCGCGCGUCGCGGACGAUGUUCGCGCUGUACUUUUUGCUUCUGCACGCGACCGUGUUCUGGUGCGUCGCCGCGCGAGGGAGCGGCGCGGUAGCGGGGAGAGCGGCGAGGUAG